AUGAGGAUGUACCUCAUCUCCAAGGGGUUAUGCGAAGCUGUUAACGCCACAUCUGGCGUCUCCGAGGCGAAGGAGCAGCAGGCGCAUGCGGCAAUCGUGCUAAACUUGAGCGAUACUCAGCUCAUGCAUGUCAUUACAACGAGUAGUGCACGCGAAGCAUGGGGAGCACUCGCGCGAGUUCAUCGGACCCAAGACAUGGCAAGUCGGCUGUGGCUAAAGGAGAAGUUUGCGACUUUCAAGUUUACGGCAUCGGACAUGGGCGCCAACGUUAUGGAGCUGGAGCGGCUCGUGCUGGAAAUGAAUGGAGCUUCGUGUGGACCAAGUGAAGAAGAUACGUGUGCAACGUUGCUGCGAAGUCUCCCGGCGCAAUACGAGGGACUGGUGCAGGCUUUUCGCAUGAGCGUCACACAAUUCAGCUUCAAAGAUCUGGUGAGCAAGCUAAUCGCCGAGGAAGUGCGCAAGAAGGAUUCGACGCGCAUUGAAGACGAGACAGCGCUACAUGUCGGCAAACGACAGGAGAAGAAAAGCUUUAACAGAAGGAGCGGUGGUCCGCGGAAGACAGGGUCAAGUGUUCAGUGCUUUAAUUGUGGUAAGCGCGGACACUACGCGCGAGACUGCAGGAAAAAGAAAGCUGCUAAUGGCGAGAGACAAGAAGACCACUCGAAUGUGGCGUUCACAGUAACUCAAGGAAAUACGAGCGACUGCUGGAUCAUGGACAGCGGCGCAACGGCGCACGUGUGCAAGGACAAAGACGCGUUUAUCGACUAUACGGCAUCACCGACGGCACGCAAUGUGAAAAGCGCGAAAAACAGUGCAAGCUUAAAGGUGCUUGGACAAGGCACGGUGAUCUUGCGUGUUUGGAAUGGCACGUUAUGGAUUAAUGCCCGGCUGGAAAAUACACUACACGUGCAAGAUCUCAACAAGAACCUGUUCUCACUGACAGCAGCUACUGCACGCGGGAUGACGGUUGAAAUCACCAGCGACGGGUGCACUGUUUUAAAGAGCGGGCGAAUCGUCGCGACAGGAAAGCGAUGUGGUAUGCUUAUCAAUCUAAAUGUCGAAGAAAGUCCACAGUGCCAUAUGGUGGAGGGUGAAGCUGAACUGUGGCACCGCCGACUUGGACACGUGUCAUACUCGACUGUGAACAAGCUGAUUCAAGACGGCUGCAUUAAAUGA